AAGAGCCUUCUUUUACUUUAUUAUUAAUGUAGAAUUUAUCCAUUCUUCUCCAAGCAUUACGCCAAUUUACAUCUCCAAACACAGAUGACCAGAAAAAGCGAGCUGGAGGGUAUACAAUAUUAUUAACUAACGAAUAAUUCCUGUGAUACUGUGUAUAUGACGUCUUAUCGGUAGUGACGUGACGUACACUUCCGGUUUGGGACAUAAUUUGAGCAUUAAUCUAUGCAGUGUGGAUGGUUUAUUAAAACAUAAAAGCAAUCCAGGUGUUCGAAUGGAUAAGUUUGUUACUCGGCACAGAAAAAGAUCAGUUGAUGAGGCAGAUGAAUGGAAAUCAGGGGAACCGAUCAAGAAAUGCAAAGAUGAGUGUGAGGUGGAAGAGGAGUUUUCUCAGCCCAUUCCCUGGCAGAAGUUUGAGGCAGAGGGAUUGGAUUGUGACUACAGUUUUCUAUUUGAAAAAGAGGAGGCUGAUCACCUUUUAAAGCAGCUAGAAGAGGAGGUGAUGUAUUUCACAGGUGACAAAGCUAAAGUACAAGUUUAUGGAAAGUCAUACCAAGUUCCAAGGAAGCAAGCCACAUACGGGGAUGAGGGACUUAUGUACUCUUUCUCUGGAGUCCAGCUCCUGGCUAAACCGUGGACUCCCACUUUGGAACACAUUCGAGAUGCUGUUACCAAGGCAACAGGCCAUACAUUCAACUUUGUUUUGAUAAACAGGUAUAAAGAUGGUCACGAUCACAUGGGAGAGCAUCGGGAUGAUGAACGGGAACUGGAUCCUGCCUGUCCUAUUGCCUCCGUAUCGCUAGGGGCUGUCCGAGACUUCAUUUUCCGACAUAAGGAUGCACGAGGGGGUUCUAGCAAACGUCAGAUUGAGCCUGUGAAGCUCGAGCUGGCUCACGGGAGUCUUCUGCUCAUGAACUAUCCCACAAACACAUACUGGUAUCACAGUCUUCCAGUCAGAAAAAAGGUCAAAACACCACGCAUCAACCUCACUUUCAGAUGCAUAGUGAAAAACAGACAGAAAACUAGCAUUAAAAUGGACUGAUUGUUCUCUUAGCAUCUUACCAGGUAUUGCUGUGGGCCAUGUUAGUUGUUCUACCACAACUUUCUGUUAGUCUUCAUGUUAUGAUUUAUUAGUCUUUACACCAGAUCAUGGGCAGUAAAAAUGUAUCUAAGGAAAUCAAGCUUCAAGCACAUCUUUACUAUUCAGAGCAUAUUCUGGCGUGAUAUUUGGCAACAAAAUGAAUGAGCAUUCAAAGGAAAUAUUUUCUUUUAUUUGUUUUUGUUUUUUAGAAAACCAUUAAACUACAUGUGGAAUAAAUAGGAUAGACAACCAUACUUAUGUACAAGACAUUUCUAUUAUAGACUGGGAAAGAAAAAAAAACAAUAUGGUCCCAAUGAAUACAUUUUGCUAAAAGUUUCAAAGAUUGACCUACAGAAGGCAGUUUGGCGAAAUACUGUGGCAUAAACAUAAGGGUAGCAAAAACGUAAUCGUAUAAAUAUAUACAUUUUAUUUUUCAAGCAUACGUAACAGAGUAAGUUCGAGAAAGUCAUACUUAGUGUUUACAUUCCAGCACUGCUGGACUGAGUAUGAGGUAUUCGCACAGCUGUCUACCCAUAACUUGCCUGUGGUACAAUCUAAUCAAUGUCACCUUUUUCCUUGGACGACGACACAUGCAGUCAGUACAUUUGAAUAGAGAAAAGAAUCAGUCAUUUGUCAAUUUGACGUAUCAAAAUGAUGCAAUUAUUGUAGCUCCUUACUGUAUGUACGUUGGAAGGUUGUAGUGCUGUUGAAAUGGCAACCAGCAUUUCAAAGCUUGGUUUGAGUUGAGCAUUGGUGAAAAUUAACAUUUUCGACUUACCUACUGUAGAUAUUUGAAAAACAAAAACAAAAAACAAAUGAGAACCAAAAUGUGUAGUCAAAAACAAGAUGAGGAAAAAAAAAAUCCUCUUCUCAGUAAUACAAAUGCACUCAACCAAGCAAGGCCUACGCUACAAGCUAUGGUCUUCACAGGAGUAUUUGAAUAACUCGUGACUAGUACCAUUUGUAGUAUUUUUUUUAUAUUUAGCUACUUAUGGUGAAAUCUCUCUAAACUACAGCAGCAGAAAUCAAUUACUUU